CAGUUGGGAUAGAAACAAUCUUGAACUAUAUUCAGUACUGGUACAGGUAUGGUGGCAGGCCUGCUGAAGAUAUUUGCGUAUGGAACCCUCCUAAUACCCUUCCCCAAGGAAAAAAGAGCUAGGAAGAGAUCAUAUCUGAAAUAUGGCUCACAGUGACUUGCUCUACCCAGACAACCCAAGGAGGCGGGAAGAAGUAAACCGUCUUCACCAACAGCUCCUUGACUGCUUGUCUGACAGCUUCUAUGCCACCAAUAAGUUGAUUGGGGUUUUAAAUACACAUUUGGGGUGCAGGCUGGUCUCCAUUGAGAUGAAAAGAGAUGGCACCAUCAAAGAAAACUGUGAUAUCAUCAUCCAAGCUGUGAUGAAAAUCCAAAAGGAAUUGCAAAAGGUUGAUGCAGCACUAAAAGAUAAACUAGAGCCAACACUUUAUAGAAAACUUCAGGAUAUUAAGGAAAGGGAAACAGAGAAAAUUGCAAUUGUACAAAAGGUUAUUUCAGUCAUCCUGGGAGAAGCUACUUCUGCAGCCAGUGCAGUGGCUGUUAAACUCGUGGGCUCAAAUGUCACAAGUGGCAUAAUUAACAAGUUGGUCACUGUGUUAGCUCAAAUUAGUGCUUCCCUCCUUGGUAGUAUAGGAGUUGCUCUUCUUGGCCUUGGCAUAGAUAUGAUCUUCCGUGCCAUCCUGGGAGCAGUGGAGAAAACGCAACUUGAAGCAGCCAUCAAAAGUUAUGAAAAGCAUCUGGUGGAAUUCAAGUCAGCCUCAGAAAAAUAUCAUCAUGCCAUUACUGAGGUCACCAACACAGUGGAACACCAAAUGAAAUAAAUAGCCACUUUAUUUGCCACUGGAAUAUUUUCUGCUUCUCUCUCAAUAAUAGUGCUUUGUUUCUUUGAUUAGGUUAAUUUUCCAUAUUCUUCCAACAGAGACAUAAGUACAGUAAACAAACUGGAAAGAGGAAUUACAGAUGCUAAAACUAGAUGACUCUAGAGUUUUGCAUCAACAAUGAAUGCCUGGAUCAGUUGGUGCUAGAUCCUGUGAAAUAGAAGAUUAUAUCCGAGGAUUCUUCUCACUCUGCUCUCUAUCAGGUCAACAUUAGCGUAAAUGAUAUUAUAGAGCAGCAGGUGUAGGGGUUACCUUUUCCUUUUCUAAUUCCCUGUCAAAAUCCUUAAAAUUUACAUUGAAUGCAGAAAUUUUCAUUUCUACUUCAGACAUCAUUUAGUUCUAUGGGGACAUAGUAACUUCUGCCUGAACACAAACCACAGGCCUUCUAAAGGAAUAGAAAUACUACCAUAAGUUUGACCAUCAGUUUAAAUUCAACUUUCUGUAAACUGGAAGAGACUAAAAUAUGGCUUGUAACAAUCUACUUCAACGAUGAAAGGAGGCAAUGGUUCUGGAAACUUCUAAUUCUAUAAUUUGGAUGGAUUUUUAAAAGACAAAAUUUAAAACUAAAAGAUAAAGGUUUUGUUUCUAUAAUUGCAAGCAACCUGACCAACUGUGGUGUGAUGAUUAAAUAUCCCUCAAGUGAAUGUUUGAACACUCUGGAACAUUUAAAAAACAAACAAAGCAAAUCCCAGCACAAAAUGCAUCUAGGAUACAGGAGAGGAAGUAGCAACUUUUAAGAAUUUUAGAGGAAAGUCAUAAUUUAUUACCUUAUGAGUUUUCAGAAAAAAGAAAUUUCAUUUUCAAUACUGGCAGAAUGGAGGAAGUUGUCAUUGUAUAUACAGCUUUAGGUGGCCCAUUUCAUUAAUUACCUACUUUCAGAAAAAUCUAGAGGCUCUGGAGGCCUAAUGGUUCAGUUGAAUUUCUGCAGAUGCACGAGUUUGUUUCCUAAAUCCUGCACCAACUUUUAACUCCCAUUGAGGCUCUCAGAUUCUACUUGUAAAAUUAUUAAUAAGCUGUUGAUGCAAGAAUGUGUUAUAGUUGAUUCUUGAAAUUUGAAAAUUUCAGCAUAUCUUAAAAAUUAA